CGAAUUACAACAACAAGCUGAAAUUCAAGAUCUUCUAAUGAAUAAUUCAUCAUAUAACAACAAUAAAUCAUCAGACAACUUAGAAAACAACAACGAUGAUAGUAAUAACGAAAACAGUAUUACUUUUCAAUCCAAUUCAAUAAAUGAUCUUAAUAUCGAUGCACAAAUUCAAGCAAUGUUCGGUAUUAAUAAUAAUGAUGAUGAUUUGAACUCUUUUGUCAACAAUAGUCUAUACGACAACUUUCAAUAUCCAACUGAUAAUAGUAUUUUCAGUUCUCCUGAAAUAUUAAGUUCGUUGAUUUCUUCAAGUGACAAUAAUUUCACUCCAAAUUCAUUUACAACAACAUCGUCAUCAUUUGAUGAUAAUUAUGGAAUGAAUAGUAAUAUUUUAUCUCCAACAUUCAACACUCAAGAUUUUACAAUUUCGCCAAACGAUAUAAAAAUAAAUGACUUUGACGAUUUUACAAUGGAAAAUUCUUUUGAUCAAUUAUUAGGAAAAAAAGAUGAUUUUGAUAUUUUUACAAAUGAUAAUAACAACAGCAAUUUGAAAAAAAGUCCACAACCUGCUAAAAAUCUUGUGUCUAUCGAUAAGACUUUACUGAAAAAGAAACAUAAAGGUCCUGACAGCAUAGCUAAAAAUACAAAAAACACAAAAAAAACAAAUAAUGAAUUAAAAUCAAAUUUGAAAAAAAGUUUUAAAGAAGAUUCUAAAGGUGAUAAUAACUUAUCUUCUCCUUCGUCAUCAUUUUCUGAAAUAAUUCCUGUUUCAAUGAUGGAUUUGGAUGUAUUAUCACAAAACAUUUUAAAUCUUGAACAAAUUCCAAAUAACCCAUUACCAACUUUUGAUCAAUCUAAUUGGAAUCAAACUGAUAGCAACGGAACUUCACAAAAUGCAAAAGUUCCUAUAUCACGUCUUAAAAAUACCUCAACACAAAAUCAAGUUAAUCAACCUACUACGAAUGCAAACAAACAACAAAAGAAAGUUGCUCACAACGUUAUUGAACGUCGUUAUAGAAAUAACAUAAAUGAUCGUAUCAAUGAACUUAAAAGUGUUGUGCCAGCUCUUUGCCAUUUGAAAACUAAAGAUGACGAUGAGGUUGAAGAAAUCGAUGGUAUUCCAGCCGCAAGAAAGUUGAAUAAGGCUACAAUUUUAAGAAAAGCUACAGAAUAUAUUAUUUAUUUGAAAAAGACUAACGUAAAAGCUAAGGAGGAUAAUGAUAAAUUACGAAAGAUUAUUGAAUCAUUAAAAGGAGGAAUUAAAUUAUAUAAUGACUAUACUGAACAACAAAAAACGCCUGGUGUUAAUACUCCAGAAUCAUCAUAUCCUGAGUCACCGUCUUCUGUUACUCAAGAAGAUUUUGAUACACCACCAUUAACUCCAGAUAGAAAUGCUGGUUCAAGAGCAUUAAUGGCUUUAUUCAUGUGUAUGACUUUCUUCUCACCCCCAGGAUCUUAUCUUCAACAAGAUCAUGAUCAUAUGCAUCAUCACAAUAAAGGUCAUGUCAUAUCAAGUGUUCAAAAUGAAGCAACUGAAACUCUUGCACCUAAAAAUAUCCUUGAUGAUGGAAAAGUUACCAUUGAUAUUUGGUAUUUAAUUCGUGCUUUUACUUUUCUCAUAUGUUUUACUUAUAUUAUUCGACCUUCUUUAUUUUCCAAUCAAACACGUCAAGUUCAUAGAAAAAAAUCAACUAUAAUGUCAGCAUUAACCCUUAAAACUAAAGAUAUAAAAGCAUAUUAUCGAUCACUUUCUCAUCUUACGCAAAGUCUACAAAUGAACUAUUUUGAGUUAAUAAUUGGUUUUAUAUCUGAAGCUUUUAAAUUGUUGUUAAGAAAGUUUUUGGGUUGGGAAAUUUCUGACGCUUCUAGUCUGUUAGAUAUUGAUGAAAGAACAUUGGAAGUUGAACUUUGGGCUAGAACUGGCGAAGUUGAAUUGUGUGGUGGAAAUAAAAAAGUUUCACGAAUUUCCAUUUUAUAUACAUGCUUUCGAACAAUCAAUUUAUUGGAAAAUCCAUACAACAAUCGUAAACCAUUUUACAUUAGUCCAUCACGCAUUUAUGCCAAUGCAGCUUUUCAAUGUUAUAUUGGACUAAAUUCAAUUCCAUUUAUUUCUCAAAAGGCAGUCUCGCAUUUCUGGAAAUUGGCAAAUAAUAAAAGAAGAAAUAGUAGUAGCGAUCAAGAUAAAUGGCUUGAAAUAGCACUGGCAUGUAAUGAAGGUGAUAAUCUAUGGAAAAGAAUCGCAAAUGAAAUUAGAGAUCAAUUAUUUCGAAAUGAAGACAAACUUAUUAGCAAUACGAAAAGUAAUAAUAAUAAUCAUUCUAAUUCCAAUGGCACCGCUGCAACCAUUUCUACUGUUGCAAAUAAUAUCAAUAAUACUACCAUUCCCCUUACAUAUUUAACUGAUGCACAGGCUCUUUUCCAUCUUAAAAAUUCUUUUUAUGAUUUUAUAUCUUCAAAGUUUGGUAAAAAGAAAGAGGCAUCUAGAUGUAAAUAUAGUUUUAUUGAUUUGUUAAAAAUCACGACACAACAGUCUAUUUCACAUUGGUAUGCGUUGGUUGGAUGUGCAGUUGAGGCAUUUACUCAAGGGAACAACGUUGUUGGCGAAAAUAUUAUGAGUAGAUUGAAAGACGAAUAUCCAAAAACCGUCAAUAAUAUAAAUAAAGAAAUUAUUGCCAUGGGAUUAUUUUCAUUUAUAUUAUUAAUGAAUGGAAAAUUAGAAGCAUCAAUCAAUUCUUCUAUGGAGGACGACAUAUUGAAGAAUGUUCAUGAUUUAGCAGAAUUUUGUGUUGGGUGGAUUGUAUUAGAUACGAAGUUACUGGGGUGGAAGAUUGUUGAAGGCAUUAUUAUUGAUGAAGAUAAAAAUAAAAAAAUAACAUUACCUGAAGUUUUGGAUGUUGAUUCAAGGUUGAAACCAUCAAUAGGAAAAUGGAUAACUCAUUUACGUUUAUUAACAAACGAUAAUGUAUUCGAUGAAAUUUCUAAAGCAAGGGAUGGAUUUAUAGAAAAUUGCGACUCUGAAAAAAGCUUAAUUGAUAGUAGAGCCGUAAGAUCUUGGAAUAUCCAAGUGACAAUUCAUUGA